AUGGCAGCUUGGAGAUCAGCCGUUGCGCAGCAUAGCCUCUUUCACAAGCCGCUUAAGCAAGAAGUGGAAUCUCAUGGCUCACACGCAUGUGGAAUGAUCCUGACUGUUGGCCUGGUAAUUGCGUAUACCUUAAAUUCCAUCAUUGUUUGGGCUACUGCUCCCAUUGUGGAGACAUACAGUGCAGGAGACGUCCGGAACUUCGGCAUCCUCACAGUGAGUUUCAACAUUUCUUGCCCCAGCUGUGUUCCCUACCAGUCGACCUUGACCAAUUCAGUCGUAGAAGAGUUCCGCGUUUGGCAUGGCUACAGUGCAAGUGACUACCCUCACUGUGCCGGUGCUCCAGAAAGUCUUGCUGUUGCUGAUCAAACGACUUCAGACGCCUUGCUUUGCUAUAGCUCGGAUGACAUCUCCGAAGCUUCGGGGAUCGUGGUCUCGCUGUGGAAUAUGACGACUGGAGGCCAAGGAAACCGUGCCAACGUGGUUGUCACGGGCCCGUCACUGGUGGUCAACACCCCGCUGGAAUUCUGGCAUGAAAAGACCUUGCUGCUUGGCAUGAAUGUCUUCCGCGACAAGGAAGGCUGUACGUCCUCGGCACAGUGCAAUCUUCAGCGAGAACUGUACCUUGGAAGUAUGCAGUAUGAUGGCCGAGUGUCGGGAUGGCCAGGUGGCAAAUUAAACAUCCGAUUGCUGCGCUCCGCACAUGUGUACACCCGCACGCCUGGACAAACAUUGUGGGACGUUUUUGGUGCGGUUGGUGGAGCUUAUGGUUUGAUUGUGAGCCUCGUGAGCGUUGUGGUUCAAUUUUUGGCUCGCUAUGAGGGUAGAAAAGAGCCCAAGGCAGCCAAGACAACCAAGACUGCUUCUGCUGAGAUGUCACAAGUGGUAGGCGCUGACAAGGAUGCGGGUGAAAAUCUGGAUGAGCGAGUUCCCAUUUAA